AUGACAAUGUUGGCCAAGAAAACAAACGAACUCCAUCAGUUUGUUCUUGAAAAUGGGCUGGAUAAAAGAUACAUGAAAUGGACUUCCAUCGAUGCCGACAGCAACAUCGUAAAGGAUUUUCCCGGACUUGCUGAAGAGGACACUAGAGAACUCACCAUCGGCGUGUAUCAGCUAAAAACGGCGAAGUCUUAUGCAGCAGAGCACCUCACAGAUGAUGGAAUGUUUAAAAUUCUGGUGAGCAAUGACAUUCCCAAUAUCGUGUGUGCUAAAAUUCAAAGCCGCCACACAUCAUCCAAAAAGUACUAACAGUGGAUUUAAUACUGUGAAUCUAUCGUGUCCUGGCACUGUACUUGUAAAAAUGGAGCACGAGUCGUUGGAAUGUGUGAGCACAUAUCCUGCAUUAUUUGGUACCUGGCUUUUGCUAGACAUCAUAGUUAUGCAGGCAAUGAGUCUCUUGGUAUUCGGGAUUGGACAGAGGAUGUGGAUGAUGCAGCUCGAGCCAUUGACAGCUCCGAAGAUGAAGACGCUCUGGAUAAUCAGGGUCAGGAAGAGUAGCUAGCAGACUUACACGUAGUUUGUGCGGUGUAUGUAAUGUGUACAGUAAGAACCUGAACAGAUUUAUGAAAGAAAAUACGUUUCCAUCAAUUAAACUUAAUUUUAUACCUAAAAAUGUAAAUGCAUGAUUUAGAUGAUUUGAUUUUGCUGAUUUAUUGAUGUUGUGUUUAUUAAACACUUGUUUGUCUGUUGAAUAAGAAUGGAUUUCCUAAUUAAU